AAAAAAAAUCUUUUUUUUACGACCACUAUGUAAUUUGAUCAUUACAGUAAAAGUCUUAAUAACUGAAAGUUAGUCAUUACGCACACGUGCGUAAUGGUAAUAAAAAAACACACUUUUAGGGUUUUUCUGUCUAUUUUGAUUUUUUCUGGGGAUUUUUGUUUAUAUUAUUAAGGUUAUGUUGGUAAAGCUGCUGUGAACUGUCAAUAUUUGACGACUGUCAGUGUACGGCGAUGAAACUUGAACACAAAAAUUUUGUAAUAAACUACAUAGAAUUAUCAAAAAAAUUGAGAUUUUCACGAUUAAACAGAUAUGUCGAGUGAUUGUUUAUGUACACCACCUGAGAUUGUUGAUAGCGCAAAAGCUGCCACCAAAAAUUUACUACCUGUUAAAUCUCGCGAACGAUACGAGAUUAAUUAUGACAAAUUUAUGAAAUGGAGAACCAGCAAUAAAAUCCAGUCAUUUUCAGAAAAUGUUUUACUUGCUUAUUUUGAACAACUUUCAAUCACAAUGAAACCAUCAACAUUAUGGGCUACAUAUUCUAUGUUAAAAUCAACAAUAAGCAUUAAUCAUGACAUAAAUAUUGCUUCUUACUCAAAAUUACAAGCAUUACUUAAAAGAAAGUCCGAUGGUUUCAAGAGCAAAAAGUCAAAAGUUCUUAAUUCACAACAAAUUAAUACUUUCUUGAAGAAUGCACCAGAUCGAAAAUAUUUGCUUAUGAAGGUAAUUUUAAUUUUUGGUAUUUGUGGUGCAUGUAGGAGACAAGAAAUAAGAAACAUAAAGACAGAAGAUGUAGAAAAUACUGGAAAAUCUUUUAUUGUUAAGAUUGUUGAAUCUAAAACAAAAACAAGUCGCUCGUUUGUUAUAUCAGACGAAUUUUAUCCAAUUUGUAAAAAGUACCUUAGUUUAAGACCUUCAGGUGGAGAUACUAAUAAGUUGCCCUUCUUUUUAAAUUACAUAAACGAAAAAUGUACCAAGCAACCCGUUGGUAUAAAUAAAAUUGGAAGUGUACCAAAAAAUAUUGCCGAAUUUCUGGGGCUACCAAAUAAAGAACUUUAUACGGGACACUGCUUAAGACGAUCGUCUGCAACCAUCCUUGUAGAUGCUGGUGGGGACCUUUUGGCUUUGAAAAGACAUGGGGGAUGGAAGUCAUCCACUAUAGCUGAAGGCUAUGUGGAUGAUUCGUUAAAAAAUAAGGAAGAUAAUGCGUCUAAAAUAACGAAUGCAAUUAAUAUAUUUAAUAAAUCUGAAACUUCUGCUAAUGUAUAUCCGGCUCGAAACAUUGAUAGUAUACUAGCCAAUUGCAAUAAAAAAAGUGGAGAAACUUCUGUAUUUAAUGAUUCUGAAACUAUUAAUGUGGACCAGUCGGUAAACAACGAUAGUAUAAUUGUCAAUUGUAAUAAAGAAAAUGCAAAUCCUUCCCUUACGUUUAAUAAUUGUACAGUUACCAUUAAUAAUUACUAUAAAGAAAUGUAAGUGGUUCAUUAGCAUAAAUAAAUUAAAAUUUUUGGGAGUUUUUAUUAUUAUUUUUUUUUAAGGCGAACAGAGUGUUGUCGUAGAAAAAGUAUAGUACACAACUCGUGUGGGAAGGCAAAUUACGCAUUCGUGGAAAUGCUCACUCGCUUCGCUCG